UAGGCUGCGCCACUUAUAUAGUCGCUGCCCAAGCCGCUGACGUCUUUCGAAUUGGGGACGAGUGUUCCGUCUGUGGGUCGGUUCUCCUCGUCGUCUGCGAGGUGCACACCCAGAAAGAGGGUGAGCUCUUUUUAGAUGCUUGACCGCAGAAAGAGGAGCAAAAGGAUUACAUUUGCUGUCUUUAUUCUAAAAAAAUACACAUUCAUGUCCAGAAAACUACGACGAGUUCGAGAUGAUGACAACAACCCCUGUAUAUUGGAAACAGAUGCUUCUAGAAAAUGUAUGGAUGACAAUAGCUAUAAUAAGGAUAUGUGUACCAUCCAUUUCUUAAGAUACAAAAACUGCAGAAAAUUUUGGAAUGGAAUCAUGAUGCAGAGAAGAAAGGAUGGAAUACAACCAAAUAUGCCUACAGCAGAAGAAAGGGAAAAAAUUUUGGAAUCCAUAGGAGGAAUGCCAUAUUGAUAGUCCACUAGGACUGUUUAAGAAAGAAAGUGGUUUAAUUGUAAAUAAGGUGUUCUGGAAUUGAUACUGGAAACUACCAUUUCACAGUGACUAGCUAUUUUGCUGUUGCUGAAAAGUUAAGCUUUAACUUUAUUUAAAUGAAGAAAUGUAUUGCAUGUACGAGAAACUCAGUAAUAAAUUCUGACCUUUUUAAUAACA